GUGGGCACAGGUGGGUGGCACUGGUGGGCACAGGUGGGUGGCACUGGUGGGCACAGGUGGGUGGCACUUCUGGGCACAGGUAGGUGGCACUGCAGAGUGGCACAGGUGGGGGCACUGCUGGGCACAGGUGGGGGCACUGCUGGGCACGGGUGGGCGGAGCUAGUGGGCGCACUGCUGGGCGGAACUUGCGGGUGUCACUGCUGGGCACCGAUCAUCAGGGCACUGAUCAUCAGUGCCCUGAUGAUUGGUGCCGAUCCCCGCUCUGACAACUGCCGGUUCUCGGCAGUACUUUCCUCACGAUCUGACAGCGUGAGGAAAGUGCAGCCGAGAACCGGCACUUGC